CGCCGUCCUACUGCGUCUGCUCAACGCAGACAACUCCCGCAAAGACAUUAUCGCCAACCUCGCCCUGGUCCCGCUCACAGACGGUAAAUGGAUGGCUGCCAAGGGAACGGACCUCUAUUUCCCUUCGACCAAUACCGGCGACUUGCAGUUACCGGCCGGCAUUCCGGCCCACGCGAUCAAAUUGCCAGAGCGUCAGAGUUCACACCGAGUCGAGCUCUUCAGGGAACUGGGCGCCGUGGACGCCGACAAGACCGAGCUGUGCAACUUCGUAAUCAAAUCCCACGUGGGGCCUCCGAACCCAGAGCUAACUGUCAGGAGAUGGUGUCCCACUUUGUCUUUCUCUAUCGCGCCGACUGGAGGCCGCGCAAGGAGGACGCGCCGCCGGCUUUGUGGUGCGUUGGAGACGACGGCGAAAAAUACAGGCUUUCGACCGUUUACAUUCCGUCCACACAAGAUCCCUACUCGGCCAGCUCAAUUGCCCGGCGUACCGAAAUUUCACUGCGGUUCAUCCACCGCCGAUACAUUGACACUUUCCAAAAGCUUGAGCCAGACGGUCUGGAUUGGCUUGAGAACAGUCUCGGAAUUGCCAAGCUCAUCCGCCUGGCGCAGACAGGCGGCUUCUGGGGCACCAGCAUUCACGUUGAUUUCAAGCUUCUACUAGACAGGAAGCCUUUCGAAGCCCUCGGCCUGUUGCGGUUCCACUGGGCUGACUAUUCCCCUUGGUUCGAAACCGAAACUGGUACAGCGCACCACGAAAAGCAACACCCAGCCCGUCAGGUGUUGGAGCGGCGCGAGCCCCUGAUCCAAGCAAUUCGCCGAACACAGGUCCCGUGCCACGGCAACGACGCUGCCAAACUCUCUGAGAAGGCCCUUCCGCGAGAGAGCCUCCUCGCGCUCGUGGACACGACGAGCAGCGGCACCGCGCCGGGUCUUCCGGAAUGCGAACCCUCAAGCUUAGGGUGCCGCAUCUGUCGCUUUUUCAAAUCCGUCAUCUCGUUUCCCAAGAAACGGUCGACAGGGCCCAUCCCGCACGACCGACUGCUAAACAUAGCGCGUCCUGAGGACGGCGAGUGGGAUUUCCUGGAGAAGUUUGGUGUGGUGGUCAAGCCGGCCCCGCUGAUGUUCAUGGCACACUUUCGACGCUUGAGGGGAUCCAGGGUCACCCACAAACAGAUAAGCGGGCUGUAUGAGCAGCUUGAAAAAUGUGUGAACGGGGUUCCAGGUGACGGAAAAAGCUCCAAGAUUAACAUGGAGCAAAAGGCCGAUUUGACUGAGAAAAUACGGAAGCUGUUCCGAGAAGACAAAUCCAUUUCCCUGCCGCCAGGGUCAGGGAGAUCCGUUGGUGAGUGGGUAGGGAACGGGACCUGUGUUUGGGACGGACCCGAGUGUCUGAGACACGUCCCGCGGGUUAAGGAUCUUUACGGAAGUCGGCAGAUGCUCUUUCACUCCAUCUUCGGCAUGCCUCUGGCAGACCUCGUCACUCUACACGAGGAAGCCCUCCACAUGGUGCCAUCCGAUACAAAUCACAUCGUCUCGGUCCUCUCAACCAUCUCAAGAUAUCUGGGACGUCCUCAGACAGGCUCCGGUUCGGUUCCAGACUUGUCGAGUUGUGCCUUGUUCCCCGUGAUCCCGGCCAUCGGCGACCAGCAAGAAGCAGGGACCGUGUUACGAACGUCCAGAGACAGGAUCUGCUGCAUCCCCAAGUCCCAACUACAUCGAGAUUCUCUUCUGGGAGUGGUCGAUAUGUCUGUUCUUUCCUCAGAGGAGUUCAGCGCUAACGCGUUGCGGACGUUGCGAGAACGCCUGGAUCUAGGAUCCCAUUUUGUGUCCAAGUUACAGAAGGGAAAGGCCUCAGAGGUGGGCAGCGCCCAGCAACAUCCAUCUUACGAAAGAAGAUUGCGGGAUAAGGCACCAUACAUCUCCGAGCUUAUCCCGAACACACUAAGCAGGGAGACGAUUCAGAUCAAGAAAGAGUUGCUCGCCCAUGCUCGGGCUUACGCUUCAGAUCGUAUCGACACGAGGCUGAUUUUUGAUGUCGAUGGCUGUGAAGUCCUUGGCGCGCCUAUCAUGAGCGAUACGUACACCCAAGUCACCGAGAGUGGGAUCUUGGAGCUGUACCUCGUUGCCGAUGCCCAUGCUCUGGAGUUGGGAUACCCGCCCGUGGCGCUCAUCGAGGUCUUGGCUGAGCUUCUUUGCAUGCCUGUAAGAUCCGAAAAUGACAGGGAGUUGCUUACAAACAUUCUCUACGUGCAUGAUAACCUUCUCAUCAAGAAGGAGCUCGAAACCCGGAAGGGGCGGAUUCCUUCGGCGCCCCGCCGAACAGCCGGUACUCUGAAAGUACACGAAACAAAGCGUCAGGAGGAGGCCGAGGGUGACAUUGGAGACAAGGGCGUUGGAUCCACACAGCACAUCGCCCCUGUGAUCUAGGAGGCCACAGGCGGAGCCCAGAGCGAAGCACCCAGCCCAGCUGAGCAAGUAACCCCCUCUGAACACCUGAUACCCACGACAGCAAAUCCCCUCUCACGACUUAACAAGGAGAGGAUAACUGGGCCACCGCACUUGGAUUCUGAAGGGCCCGAGAAGACAGCGUCGCAACCAGUACCAGUUGGGG